AUGUUGAAAACGCAGUCAUCUGCCGUUGAUGGCGAGGAAAGAGCCCGCGCCAAGGAGAGUGACUUCGGAGCUGUCGGUGUUGAUGUCGCUGCCGGGCCUCUGUUUCUGGACACACGUUCCAUUCCUCUUGUCAGGGGAACUUGUCGGAGUUUUUGGGCUUGCUAUGAAGAACCUUUGAAAUGCAAAGUUGGAAAGGUGGACGAGGUGCAGCUCUCCAUCCCGGACUGCGACCGCAUCACCGAGGAUGAGGAUACCUGCCUCCACCACCAUCGGUACGAUCUUGCUGUUUGGGUCGCGGUGUGGUUUGGAUGUUACUUUGGAAAAUUCUGGUACUGCUGCUGGCCCGGACGCUUGCCAUAUGUAAGCGACGUUACCUCAUGCAGGCUUGUCGGCGACGCGGUUGAACUUGGAGCCGCCACAUGCAGAUCUGCCCUGGCGGUUCCAGUUUGUGCUUCGUCCUAG